ACAUCCCUUCCUCCUCAUCCAUCCCUCGUCUCUCUACAUUUCUUCCUCCGAUCUGUCAUUCUGCAGUAGACAAACCUAUAAUACCCUACUGUCCACAUUGAAAUUUGUAUUAGCAAACAAUGCACACCUCGAAACUCAAGGGGGCCAUGGCGACUACAGCAGAAACCUAUGCUGGCAGUCCUCCUCCUGCCGUGGCUGCUGUCGCCAAGAUCAACGGAAGGCCUGUCCUCCAACCCAACUGCAAUCGUAGUACUACUGGUCCAACUCCCGCUUCUCUUCCCACCACUAAGAAAGUGCCUCUAACGAUACCCACCAGUAACCAUACUAACUCCUCUCCUCUUCCGCUCCCGCCUCCCAACUCCUUUCCCACUGCCAACCGAUCAUCACGGCCUCCCUUGAAUUCUUGUCCGAUUGAUGAUGACCCGAUGUUGAGAAGCAGCAGCAGAGGCACUAAUCCUACUUUACUUGACCGAAAGAAGUCAAAAAGUUUCAAUGGUAGGAGUAACGUCAUGGUCGAGUCUUAUUCAUCAUCACUAGUCCUGGAGAGCCCCGGAAGCAUAGCAGCCGUGAGGAGGGAACAGAUGGCCCUCCAAAACGCCCAGCGCAAGAUGCGGACUGCACAUUAUGGGAGAUGUAAGUCAGCUAAGUAUGAUGCCCGAGUUGUCCCUCUUGAUUCUCCACCACCAACAGCGAUGGCGAUAACGGAGGAAAACAGGCGGUGCAGCUUCAUCACCAGCAAUUCAGAUCCUCAGUAUAUCGCUUAUCACGAUGAAGAAUGGGGAGUGCCAGUACAUGAUGACAGGGUGUUGUUCGAACUGCUUGUGCUGAGUGGAGCUCAGGUUGGUUCAGACUGGACUUCAAUCUUGAGGAAACGUCAAGAUUUUAGGAACGUCUUUUCAGGAUUCGAAGCAGAAAUAGUCGCCACCUUCUCUGAAAAGCAGAUCACAUGGAUUAGCUCCAAGUACGGUAUUGAUGUAACCCGAGUUCGUGGUGUUGUUGAUAAUUCCCUUCGCAUCCUUGAGAUCAAGAGGGAAUUUGGGUCGUUUGACAAAUAUAUAUGGGGAUUUGUCAACUACAAGCCAAUUUCUACUCGAUACAAAUGGGGCCACAAGAUUCCAGUGAAAACGUCAAAAUCAGAGAGCAUAAGCAAAGACAUGGUAAGGAGGGGAUUCAGAUCCGUCGGUCCAACCGUAGUUCACUCCUUCAUGCAAGCUGUUGGCCUCACCAAUGACCACCUGAUCACUUGCCAUCGCCACCUUCAGUGCACGGAACUAGCAGAACAGACCACCGCUUGAUCCGUCCUCCCACAGAAACUGCAAGAAAGCGAACCCAUUUUUAACCAACUUGUAAUUUCCUUGUUUACCUUAUCGGUGACUGGCUUUAAUUUGAUUAAGAUUGGCGGUGUGUAUAGAGUAGCUAUAGUCAGACAGAGAGAGGUGAAGAUGAGUUGUUAGAUAUUUUAUUAAUGGUGAUGUAAUUAAAAGGGGAGUGGUUAUGAUUAGAGAUGGGAGAUGGAUAAGAUCUGGACAGGUAGAAAGGAAUAAGUGCAUGUGCUAGUGGAAGUGCAACUGCAAUUUGGGAGGCAUGUCAUGUGGGGGUGUUGUGGGGUUGUCAGUUUCUUUCCCCCCCUUUUUCUUUUCCAAAAGACUUUGCAUUCCAUGUGGAGGGGUGCCCAUCACGCUCCGCAUUAUUUGGCGUGUGAAAGUAUGGAAAAUGCAUACGGAGGAGUAGGGCCACAAGCCUCACCAGUCACCACUCUCUUCAUCUCCAUCUCUUUGAGCUUUUCAGCAUUUGGCUUUUAUUGAGUGAGUUUGAGUUGUACUUCUAACCCAAUGGGCUGAGGGGGAAGAAAAUAUUAUGCAUCCUUCUCCCACCCAAAAAAAAAAAAAAAAAAAAA